ACCCUUUCGAAAAGACCUACUAUAGUGAAACCUUAGGAGACGACCAAUCAGAAGAAGAUACUGAGGACAUGGCCCAAAGAAACAACAAUAACCCUCCUUCCAAUAACCUAAACAACAACCCGCUCAACAAUGCCAAUAACCCAAACAACCAAGCUAAUCCUAUUGAUAACCUCGC